UCUAAUUCUUUCCAUGCGUGAUUUUUAAUAAAUUUAUCUCCACUCGUUAUUUUCAUUUUUGUAUUUCCAAAAUCCCUACUCAACAACUUCAAAAUCUAUACCGAACAAACCCCCGUUUCUCUCAAACCACGUGAUGACGGAAAAUCACAUCAAUUGCAUCCUUCUAAUGUCCGUGUUACUACUCCAAUUCUCACAGUCCGCCGCCUUACCUCCGCCACCGCCGCCGGAAUACCAAAUCCAACCAAAGCACAGAUACAUGCAUCUUGAAACGAUCCUCCUCCUCUGCACAAUCGUCGUCAUGGCCUCCGUCUUCGUCUACGUCAUAAAUUACUACUUCGUCGGCCCCCGCAUGCCCAGAACCACCUCCGCCGGCGCCGUCGGAUUACUCACCGGCGGCUCGCUCGACGCGGAAGUAAUCAACUCGUUCCCUACUUUUGUCUACUCCGAGGUGAAGGCGCUCAAGAUAGGCAUGGGCGGGCUAGAAUGCGCCGUGUGCUUGAACGAGUUCGAAGACGAUGAGACCCUUCGUUUGCUACCGCACUGCAGCCACGCGUUCCACUCGGGUUGCAUCGACAAGUGGCUUUCGUCACACGUGACGUGCCCGGUGUGCCGGGCCGACGUCACCGAUCUGUUAUACAGCAUACGGAGUCCCACCAACUCGGGAGGGGUAUCGUGCGACGAAUCGGCGAGGGAAACGAGUCACGAAUCGAGUAGCCCGUAUUCGGAUGCAGUUGCUGAUGAGUUUAUUAUCAUACCAAUAGAAACUCCAAUCACCAGAUUCACCGCUAAGAUGGGGACGUUCGACCAGAUUGUAUUGCCGAGUGGAUCGGGGGGCGAGCCGGUGGCGGAACCGGGAGAAGAGUGGGACCGGUUCACACUGCGGUUGCCGGAGGAGGUUCAGAGCCGGUUGAUGAGAUCGAGGUUGAACCGGACGAGGAGUUGCGUGGGAUUCGGGCGGGCGAGGAGUUUGAAGAAAGAGGAUAGGAGUGGGAGCUUAGGAAACGGUCGGGUAUAUAAGAACUUCUUAUAUUCCGAACGGUCGGACCCGUCGGAGUCUACGAGGACAGCUGUCUCCGUCUCGAGCCGGUUCAGUUCUAAUGUGAGUGAUGGUGGAGGCAGAGGUGGUAGUGAAAGAGUCACUGUCGAUAUUAAUUCCGAUUAAUCUCAAUCGUUCAUUGUCGAGAUGAACUGCCGGAUGACUCAACAGAUAGCCCGAACAAGAUCUCCCAUUUGGUAUCUGAUAUGUGGUACGUGUAUUGGAGAUUUACUUCAAUAGUUGUUUUUAUAUAACAAGGUGUUUCCAUUUUAUUGUGAUCAA